AUGAACUCAGAGGAACUGGUCUUAUCAGACGCCCAGCGCAGGACGAUCUACGCGCUCUCGACACCGCCUGGCAAAGCUGGCGUGGCUGUGGUCAGAAUCUCAGGUCCAGAUGCCAUGGAAGUGUGGGCACAAAUGGUGAGAACCCUAAGCGGUACAAAGGAGGGAAAGAAAAGGAGGGUACCCGUGCCAUGGAAGAUGGAAAGGUGCCGAUUGGUCGAUCCUCUGACCGAGGAAGUGCUCGACGACGGUCUUGUGGUAUUCUUCAAAGGGCCACGCUCAUUUACAACAGAAGACGUCGUUGAACUACACAUCCACUCCGGGCGCGCUAUCAUAUCCGCCGUCCUUUCCGCCAUCUCCCGCUUGCCCUUCUGUCGCCUCGCUGAACCGGGCGAGUUCACGCGCCGCGCCUUCGAAGGCGGGCGACUCGACCUGACGCAGGUCGAGGGUUUGAAGGACCUUAUUGAUGCCGAGACCGACGGCCAGCGCAAGGCAGCGCUGAGAGCGGUGGGGGGAACCGCGAGGGUCCGAUUUGAAGAAUUGAGACAGGAAAUCAUCAAGUGCCUCGCUCUGGUCGAGGCGCUGAUCGAUUUCGGGGAGGGCGAAGAGAUCGAAGAGGGCGUCUUCGAGCAAGCUAGAACCAGAGCGGAACGCCUGCGCGGCAGGAUCAAGGCCAUCCUGUCGGACAAUCGCCGUGGGGAGAUCGUGCGCUCCGGUGUCCGUUUGGCGAUAUUCGGGCCUCCCAACGCAGGAAAAAGCAGCCUCCUGAAUUUCUUCGCACAGCGUGAGGCGGCAAUCGUGACCCAUAUUCCCGGCACCACGCGCGAUGUCCUCGAGCUCGAGCUCGACAUCGGAGGGCUCCUUGUCAUCGUGGCUGAUACCGCCGGGCUGCGGAAAACGGAAGACGUCGUGGAGGCCAUCGGAGUCCGCAGGGCGGAAGACGCUGUCCGACAGGCAGACGUGUCAUUACUCGUUCUCUCGCUCCCCGACAUCAUACAAGACUCUCCAUCUGGUCCUACGAUCUCCGCCCACAUCACAUCGCUCCUCGAAAAGAGCGCAUACAUCCUACUUAACAAGUCGGAUCUCGUGCCACCGUCCACAUUGAAAGCAGUCGAAACUGUCAUCCGGGAGACUUUCCCUGAUACACCUCAAUGGACAGCAAGUCUGGCCAAUGGUGAAGGUACGACGGACUUUCUACAGGGCUUCGCGACAGCGCUGCAGACACGCUAUAACCUCCUAGAGGAUCAGGGCACCCUCAACGCACCGCUGAUAACGCACGCCCGCCACCGCACACAUCUAGAAUCUGCCCUUCUCUUCCUGGAUGCUUUCCUGGAAGCAUCCGCCGAGGAUAUAGUUCUAGGCGCCGAAGAGCUACGCUAUGCUGCGCAAGCGGUGGGUAAAAUCUCAGGUCUGAUCGACGUGGAGGACAUCUUGGACGUCGUGUUCCGAGACUUUUGUAUUGGCAAGUAA